AUGUUUUGUAAAGUGAAUUUGAAUCUCAUUCUUUUCUCUCUUACUCUUUUGAUCAUUCCAUCAUAUUCAUCUUCAUUUGAUAUUGAAUUAACUGUACUUGUUCCAGCACAUCAACGUGAAUGUUUUCAUCAAAUUCUUGAAGCAGGCAAAACAAUUGAAGUUGUAUAUGAAGUAGUAACUGGCGGUGAACUUGAUAUAAAUUAUUGGUUUUAUUCACCAACAAAUCGUGUAUUACAAUCUGAUUUUAAAAAACGUGAUGGUCAUCAAACAACAAAAUUAGAAGAAACAGGAGAAUAUCGUUUUUGUUUGGAUAAUUCAUUUUCACGUUUUAGUCAAAAACAAGUUUAUUUUAGUUUAAGACCUGUUAAUGAACGUGGUCAUAGUCAAAUGGGUGAAGCUACAGAAUUUGUGGUGACACCCACGGAUCAAGAAGAACUUGGUGAUAUGCAAAAUAAAGUUCAAGAUAUCAGGGAAACAUUUGAACGUAUCUAUGAUAAUUUAGAAACAGCUCAACGAUAUCAAAGUGUAUUUAAAAAUUAUGAAGUACAUGAUCGUAUUACAAUUGAAAAUAAUUUUGAUCGUAUUAAUUUUUGGUCUGUUAUAAAUUUAAGUCUUAUGAUCACUGUAACAGUUAUUCAAGUUAUAACAAUUCGUAGUUUAUUUGAAACGAAAUCUGCAUAUGGUAAAUUUUUACGUGGAAGAAAUUAA